GAAUUUUCCGUAAGGACGCCGUUACAGGUAAUGGCGCCUGAGCGGCCUGGUUCAGAUGACGAGCGAUGCACUGUUGGCACUGUCCACCUCAGAACACAGGCAGGGACCCCCAACGCAGACAUCCUUAAGGAAGGAGAUGGUGCUGCUAAGGUGUUUGCGGAUGUGCGGGUCGGUUCCGCGACGCAGGAGGACGACGACUUGACUCCUCUGUCAUGGCUCCAAGAUAAAAAUUUGCUGAGAGAUAUUCCCUUAUCAGGCGGGACAAUUUGCACGGAAGGGUCUACCGAACCGGUGGAAGUACAAAUCGAGAUCCGCGAGGAGUCCGUGAGCAGUCGAGCCGACUCGCCAACCAGCGACUACGCAGAGGAGUCGAGCGAACAUGCCGACUCCUCGUCCAACAGCGACGCGCCGCCCAGCCCGACCACCCUCCAACAGGCGAUGCCCAUCAGCCCCAUUGAGCACUACGACCACGAUGUGGUCCAGCCGCCGCCUGCAAACACCAACACCAUGUCCUACGACCCCAGGGUGCACACAAAUCUGAAACCGCCGUACUCGUUUUCGUGCUUGAUCUUCAUGGCCAUCGAGGACAGCGCCACCCAGAAAUUACCUGUCAAAGACAUCUACGCUUGGAUUGUGGACCACUUUCCCUACUUCCAAGGGGCGCCUACUGGCUGGAAAAACAGUGUGCGCCACAAUCUGUCCCUCAACAAGUGUUUCAAGAAGGUCGACAAGAGUCCCAGCGUCGGCAAAGGUUCACUUUGGAUGGUUGACCAUUGCUACAGGCCCAAUUUGCUGCAGGCCCUGAGAAAAGUCCCGUACCAUCCCUACAUGCAGCUGGAAAGGUUCAACGCUCUAAACAACAACAAUAAUAAUACUAUUCCCAGUGGCCAAAGUUGUCGAUUAAGCAAUAAGGAGAUUGAGGCGCCUCUGGUGACAUCAGUGGGUCGCAACAAUUUGCCCAACCCCACACUGUUCCCGUUCCUGAGUCGACGCCUGGCGGCGGCAGGACUUCAGGUUCCAUGCGCCUACCCCAGUCAGCAGCAGCCACCGGUGCACAUCGAGUCGCAGGAGGAUGUGAACGCGGCCACUGCAAUGCUUGCACUCAAGCACGGACCUCGGAUCCUCAGCGUCAGAGGCUUGCCUGAUCGAGGAGACCAUGCCCACCGGCCAAUCUACCGCACACAUCAUGAGGCUCCCCAAAAUCUGAUCAUCACAACCUCUCCAAGCGCAGACCACACCUACAGCGCUGGUCCCCGUUCUCGCUCCACCCUUUCCCCGGAUGAGGCAUAUGGCGAGGGUUCAUCGACUUCAUCUAACGAAAGCUCACACGAAAUGUCUGGCAACGACUCGGAGGACGAGGCUGAGGAGCAGCGCAAAAUCGCAGAGGGCGCCGACGCGCUGCUCAACUUGGCCGGCAUCUGCACCUCGCAUAACCCACUCAAGCGCUCCUCGAGCCACCCGACGGAUUAUUCAGUCAAGAGGGGACGGGGGUUGCUGCCCAUGACUCUACCCAGGCGCAGGGCCCCUCUGCAAGAGCAGCACCGGCGCAGGGAGCAGCGUUUCCACAAUCGGUAGAAAUCAACUCGGCUAAUAAUUAGUAAACAAACACAACCUCUAGUGCCCCCAGAGUGAUACAAAUAGAUUUAUAUUAUAUAUUAUAUUCAUAUUUAAAACGCGCUGAGAACUUUGAGAGCAAUAUUUGAAACAUAUUAUGGAUUGCUUGAUUUUGUGCAGUGGGAAGUGCAGAAUUUUGCUCGAUCGUGGCUAGGCACCGUGCUCUGCCGUGAAUCGGAAAAAAAUUAGGCUUCCUAUAAUAAUAAAUAGUCCCAGAGUUCACUGCGGACGACGUCUUCCUGACACACACCCUUGCCUGUGAAUGCUUCACUGUCCACAAAAUUGCCUGACUUUUCACUUCCUUUUUACAAAAAGCUGUUGAUGUUAACAUGUCACACUCCGUUCUGAGCUUUUCCACGUCGUAGCUCUCACUUCUGAAGUAAAAUCUUGUUUUGGAAACACACACACACACACAUGCAUACAAAGAAGGGGCUUCUCUUAAGCCGAUUUCUCUAAAUAUUGCGGCGUUUAGAAAGAAGUAAGUGUAAAACAAUCCACUCUGAUAUUAAUCUACUGAAGGUCUUGUUGAGUUUUUGGAAAAUCAAAAAGUUGCAUGCGCAGAGCCAAUUUCAGGAUGUAUCGCGUUUGCAAAACACAAAAAUCUACUUUAAAAUAAUCAGAGAGGCCAAAACUCAAGAAAGUGCUCAUUAAUUUCAACAGCACACAAUAAAACGAUAAUCAAACAACUAGCGAACUCUCCAUUAUUAAGUGAGUAGAUAUGCUGUGUUAUAUGUUGAAUGCAUAUAUUUGUAUCCUCGACUCUUUAAUUUUUAAUAUGCUGCUAGAAUAACGGUGGCCAAAAGAGUUUCUGAGUUGCGCACCAACAACCAAAAUGUGACAGAAAGAAAGUAACACUACUUCCAAGAUGCCUUUUUCAAAGCUAAAAUGAAUUAUUCGUUGUUGUCAUUUUACUUCUUUCAAGCUCAUUCAGUUGAGUUAAAACAGCUGAAAAACAAACACUUCAUUGAAGGGUCGCACACAACUGCUGCAAAAUCUAAUUAAACACUUACAAUAUAGCCCAAAGUGGAGAAUAAUUAGCCUUUUAUCAAUGUAUGUUCACUACAAACUGAGGAAGGGAUAAAUAAUAAAAAAGGAAUCGUUUGCACUUUCCAUGGAGUGCCAACAUCAAUUUUAGACAAGAAUAGAUCCAGAAUAUUUUACUUUGAGAACAAUUUAGGGCAUAUUUAAACAAGAAGAGCAAUAUUUGGCCACAAUAAGUAAGAAAUUCAAAUAGUGAGUCUGUAAAAAUGUCCAAGUAGAUCAUAGAUAAUAUAAUGCCAUAAAAACUUUACCUAAAGAUAAUAUAAACAGAAAAGUUGCAAAUGUAAGAAGUAAUUUUGGUAAAUUCGUUCCGUUUGAGUUUUGUUGUUUUUUGGCCAAACUGUGUUUCUAUCACUAAUAAUGUUGCACAAUCAUUUCUGGUGCCUAUUUCAUUGCCAUGAAUUAUUCUGUAUUUUUUUUUAAUAUUUUCACGAGAAUGCAUUUAACUAUUCAUCAUUUUAAAUUUUUAUUUUAUUUUUGGGAUUUUAAUUUUCACAUUAUUUUUCAACGUCACCUUCAAUUGUAUAAUUUUAUUCACAAAUUUAAGCAUUUUUUUUUUAACCAAACCAAAAUUCAAUUGGGCUUAAACGGAACUUUUGCAAUCAUUCAAAAAUCAAACGCCCUACCACUGCAAAAAAAGUGUUUUGUUUAGACACGCGCUAGAAAUGCGAGCAGUUUGUUCCGCUCUCAAAAUCAGUUGUAUGUGUAAAUUUGGCGAGAGUCUAGAUAUUGUGUGCCGAUUUCCAGUCGCCCUCGUUUCAUUUUAGAGCAAAAGUUAUAAGUUGUUGAAUUUGCGAGUUAGUAUUGAAUGUCGUUAAAUAAUAAUCGGAUAGUUUAUUUGUUAAUAUAGUAAGAAAAGUAGCACGUGAGACCAAAAAUAUCAACCCGAUUGGUUCGAAGGGAAAGGUCAUAUACAUAUUUCCCUUAUGAGGGUAGAGCUAAGUUUCCCACCAGGGCCAUUAAGAAAAAGAAAAUCGUACUGCUUUUCUUUGGAUAAUUGGCUAAAAGUCUUUGUUUGUUGCACAGUUGAACCCACUGCUUAAUGUGACCAAAAGAAAAACCUACGAAGAUAGCAAUAAAUACAAUUAUAUUGAUCAUAUUUGCAUGUGCGAGUCAUAAUGAAACAUCGCUCGGUUUUCUUUAAUAUUUAAAUGUGUUGAAUGCAUUGAAUUUGUUUUAAAAUUUACGUGUGGUUAACCGGGUGCAUAUUAAAAGGUUAAAUACUUUUAGCAACAUGCAACAAAAGAGAGUAUAAAAGCUUCGAAAACAAAACCGUUUUAAGACAGGUUGUGCCAAAAUACAAAAUAAAAAUGCUGCGUAACGCAGAGAGAAAAGCUACUAUUGAUGCUACUGUAACAUGUUUUAAUCUAGAACCCAAUCUAUUUUGUCGCGAUCCAUGGUGGAAGGGUUAAUAAAUAGGAAGGCAAAAUUUUUGCAAAGUCAUAUACCAUAUAAAUAACUAUUGGUCCCGAAAGAGAAAAUAUUAUAUCAUUUUAACACUCUUUUACUUCUAAAUUAUGAAUUAAGUCGUUGAAAUUUAAUAUGGUGGAUAUUUGCUGGAGCGGAGCAAAAUUUUGUCAACCUCUACAAUUCAGAUGAUUGAUUUAAUGCGCCUUCCUUCAUUUAAUACGCCUGCGUGUGAUUGAUUGACUUUUUCAACUUGACGAAAUGCAAAUCCGUCGUAGGUUGGAAAAAGACAUUCUAAUCAGGUACCAAAGAUUAAAUUGUAGAAUUCAACAAUAAACAAAGUUGAAUAACGCGUGGCUUUAGAAAACAAGAAAAUUGAUGUGCAUUGACGCGCCACGCAGAAACAAAAGAAACAACUCUUUGGGUGUAUUUGUUAAUUUUAACCUUAUUUUAGUGAGGUUUAUUGAUUUGUUGAUGAGUUGAGCUAAAAUGCAUCAGCGAUGAAGCCGAUUUUAUUGUUGAUUUUGAUUUGUAUAGAGCAAUUUUGCAGUGUUAUGUAACGAAGCAAGAACCCUACAAGUAAAAUAUAUUAUAUAUUGUUGAACGUUUGAAUAAUUUAUUAUAUUAUAUCGACACAUGCGACGAGAGUUGUAAAUAAUAAUGACAAGUUAUAAUGGCCCACUGUGUAUGAAAGAGAGAAAAAAACACCAACUGUGAAAACGCAGGAAGAAUACUUAAAAAAACCCAUUUUUUACUCAAGAUAUAGUCUAUGACCUAUGUACUGUCUGUGCGCGUGUACGAAAGAGUUAUUACAUUGACGAAAAUAACGUGAAAGCCCACAUAGUGUCUUCCUAGUGCGAGGUUCAACCAUCUGGCUCAACAGACUACUGCAGAUGAAACUACUCUUAGUUGUUACACAAUUAUACACACCCUUCUUUUCCACAGUUUUGAAUGACUGCCUUUCGCUCUUGAAUGAAAUAAAUUAAACCUUGGGAGGAAAUUAGGAUAGACGAAUAAAUCGAAUUUUAUUUU